AUGGUUCUUUUUUAUCUUAAAGUCAAGGCCGAGAUGGCCAAUGUGACAGAUCUUGUACCAAUGAAUACUCCUGAGGAUCCCUUUGAAUUCCAAUUUACUGUGACUUGCACCAAGUGUCGUCAACAGCACAAUAAGCCAGUUACAAUCAACACUUUUGAACAAUACGACAUUACGGGAUCACGAGGAGAAGCCAGUUUCGUGUAUCGGUGCAAAGAGUGUAAGAGUGAACACUCUGCAAGCAUAAAAACCACCGGUAAAGCGUUGGUGGCAGAUAAUAAUGAUUGGGUGCGUAUACUUGAAAUAGAUGCUAGAGGAGUUGAUUUCAACGACUUUAUACCAGAUGGUAAAUUUGCAUGCGUGGGAGCGGAAUCCGGAACCAAAUUUACCGAGGUGGACUUGAGUGACAAUGAAUGGUAUGAUUACGACGACAAAGCUGGUGAAGAAGUGAGCAUCACCGACAUCCAAUGGUCUGUUGCUAGAAACUGA